AUGAGUGAUGACAUGGAGGUAAGUUGGAGAGUGAUAUUAACUUUGGCGCUCCAAAGUAUUGGAGUAGUGUUUGGAGAUCUUGGAACAUCACCCCUUUAUAUGUAUUCAAGUAUAUUUCCUCAAGGGAUUAAACACAAUGAUGACAUAGUAGGAGUUCUUUCUCUCAUCUACUGUACACUUAUUUUAAUGUCCGUAAUUAAGUAAGUUUUCAUCGUCUUGAGAGCAAAUGACAAUGACAAUGGAACUGAAGCAUUAUUUGCUGAUUUCGGGCAUUUUUCAGUUCGAUCAAUUCAAAUAAGCAUGUCUAUGGUGGUAUACCCUGCUAUUCUCUUGCAAUAUUCUGGUCAGGCAUCUUACCUUAGCCAAAAUUCGUUGGAUGUUAGUGAUGCUUUCCACAAAGCAGUACCAAGUCCAAUAUACUGGCCAAUAUUUAUUGUGGUUGUCUUAGCUGCAAUCAUAGCUAGCCAAGCAAUGAUUUCGGGGACUUUUUCUAUCAUCCAUCAAGCUCUAUCCCUUGGUUGUUUUCCUCGCGUCAAAGUAGUUCAUACAUUACCUAAAUAUGAAGGGCAAGUAUACAUGCCCGAACUCAACUUUUUCCUUAUGUUUGCUUGUGUGUUUGUCACACUUGGGUUCGGCACAGGUGCAAAGCUUGGCAAUGCUUAUGGUAUUGCGGUUGUCUUUGUCGAGACUAUCACAUCAUCGUUCAUGAUUCUUGUUAUGAUACUCGUAUGGAAGAAGCACAUAUUAUUUGUGCUUUUGUAUGUGAUAUGCAUUCUGUCAGUCGAGUUGGUUUACUUGAGCGCGGCGUUCUACAAGUUCACUCAUGGUGGAUAUCUUCCUCUAGCAUUUGCUUGUAUUCUCAUGACCAUAAUGUUCAUCUGGAAUUAUGCCUGUAGGAAGACUUACUAUUACGAGCUCAAUAACAAAGUUUCGACUGAUAAACUUAAAGAGAUAGUUGGUCAGUCUAACUUGUGUCGUGUUCCAGGGCUAGCAAUCUUCUACUCGGAACUUGUCCAUGGCAUCUAUUAA